AUGGAUAAAUACGACCCGGCGCUCCUCAACGCGCUGGCCGCGCACCGCCGGCUCCUCCUCGUGGAUUACGCCGGCGUGGGGCUCAGCACGGGCCGCGUGGCGCGUAGUGUGGGUGAGUCGGCGGGGGACGUGCUGGCGUUUUUGGCAGGGCUGGGCGAGCGUGAGAUGGAUGUGUUGGGGUUUAGUCUGGGGGGUAUGGUGGCGCAGUUGGUGGCGCUGAAUGCGGAGGGGGUGACGGGGGGGAGGGUGAGAGUGCGGAGGUUGGUGUUGGCGGGCACGACGCCGAGUGCGGGGGAGGGGGUGCGGCGGUCAGGGAAUGAGGAUGUGUUGGAGGUGGCGGGGGCGCAGGUGGUGGGAGUGGACACGUUUAAGAAGUUGUUUUUUGUGGAUGAUGCGGCGGGGGUGGUGGCGGCGGAGGACUGGUGGGCGAGGGUUCAUGAGCGGUCGGCGGCGACCUGCGGGGAGGAGCCGGCGACGUGGUUGAGUCAGGGGUAUGCGGACGGCGCGGUGGGGUUGAAGGCGCAGGCGCAACAGCUGGCGGGAUGGAUGACGGUGGAGGGGACCCCGGGAGAGGAAGGGUCGUUUGAUAGGUUGGGGGGUUUGGAUAUCCCGGUGUUGGUGGUGAAUGGACAUAAGCUCCCGAACGCGCAGCUCAUCAUCUACCCGAACAGCUCGCAUGGGGGAAUUUUCCAGUAUGCUUCAUACUUUGCGCAGCAGGUUCUGGCGUUCCUGAGCAUGUGA